CAUACCUGUGAAUAAGUUUACAAAUUUCACCUCAGCUACAUACUCCCAGACAAAGUGUAUGGAACCGAGUUAUUAGUAUCGGAAUAUUCAGGAAAGAUAAUAUAAAUGACCAGUUUUCAGGUUUGAUCUUUGAAUAGUGGAACGCGCAACGAAUAAGUUAACCAGAUGUAGAUGAGGCAAUGGGACUAUUUUGUGAUCAAGUGAAGGGUGUGCUGGAUCGAUAAAAUGCUGCUCUAGCUUCUGUAUCUAGUAACUGGGAUAGUGGGGCUUGGUGUAACGAUUUAUUAUUCCGCAGCUCGAAUAUAAUGUAUACGCGUAUGAAAACAGUACGAACUUAUGCAGCUAGUGACUACAUGGAACUGAUCAGGAAUCAUAAAUGAGAAAUUCGUGGAAUUGCGCUAUAUUCAGGGCAGGAUGUCCUCGGCAUCUUCAUAAUGUCCAUUUUUAUUAGUAGGUUGUUUAUAAAUAAAUAACGAUGGCUGAAAGACAAAGAACAGAACGUCGAAUUCAUAUAACACCAUACAGACCAACCCCGUGGGAACCGUUUCAAGACUGGACGUUUCCCGCUACAACUAUUUGGGACCAAGAUUUUGGCGGAAUGCCAAUGACUAACAGUGUGCGAAGUGAGCAUCGUCAGAGAUUGGUCCGAGGUGGGGGUGAUCCAUGGGCUUCUUCGGCGACUGCUUCCGUUCCGUAUGUUGUCAGAUCUCCGGCUGCCGUCCAACCUACUGCUCCGCAACUUGUCAACCGACAGAAUAGUGGUGGAGUUUCUCAAGUAUCCACUGUGGAUGGAAAAUAUCAAAUUCUACUGGAUGUUAAGCAUUUUCUUCCAGAGGAAAUAACUGUGAAAACAGUUGGAGACACAGUCGAAAUUAAAGGAUCACAUGACGAAAAACAAGAUGAUCACGGGGUGAUUUCUAGAGAUUUUACCCGGAAAUAUACAUUACCCAAAGAUGUGGAUCCAAUGACCGUAUCAUCAUUUUUGUCUUCUGAUGGAUUCUUAACAGUGGAGGCUCCAUUGAAUAAACCAGCUAUUGACGAAGGACCCAAACCAUUACCAGUGCAGCACGAGUCUGCGAAGAGCUAAAUUUAUGUGAUAUUUACUAGCUCUGUAGCUAAUGCUGCACUUUUAUACCAUUCGCGAAAAAUAUAGCAAUCAAGGCCCAAUCGUUUAUAUAAAGACGUAAUACGAUCUGGAAGUGAUUGUUUAUUUUAAAUAGAUGUAUCUAUAUGUUCUUACACAACAAUAAAGUUUCCACUUGUUUUACCGAUA